AUGUAACCAUACCAUCAGAACAAUCAAGUUAAGGAUUUCGAGAAAAGAAGUGAAGUGGAGUCCAAAAAGGUUAAAAACCUUGCAGGAGCAUUUGAAAAAAUGAAGAAGUCUUUGGAUGUAGAGAAAAAAGCUUACUGCAUAGAACUCAAGAAAGGAGUAGACUAAUAUGCUGCAACUCCUUACCUUACACCAGGCUUGAGUGCGACUAUAAAAGAAUUCUCAGGAAAAUUAGAGAAAAAUGCUCCAGUCUAUACUAGAGCAAUGGAUCAUAUUCAAGAUGUAUCAUGUAACGCCCUAGGCUAUUUACCCAAGAAAUAUGAGUAAUAUAAAAAAUCUAUUAAACUCAUGGAGAAAUAACCUAAUGAUGCUCAUAAGCUUAAAGACUUUGAAUACGAAAGAAUAUAGUAUACAAGGCAAGCCUUGUUGCAUUACUUCAAUGCUUAAAUGCUUGUUCACGCUAAUAUGUUUCAACUAUAUGCUGAGACAUUUGAAAAGUUAGAGGCAUUAAGUGAUGGUGAUGAAGUACUUGCACUUUACGAAAAUGCUCCCUGGGUGAAGAAUGAAUUAAGUAACAAGGGCAUUGUAUUUAAGAAGUGA